UCAUGAUAAUAGAAGCUUCUGGGCGUUCUAGGAUCACUCGGAUGAAGUUAUUAAAGAAAUCCACACCUUCUUCUUGUUUUGCUUCAUUUGGUGACUUCGAAAACAGAGCAAACUUGCCAUGGCUGACGGUCUAUUUCUGCACCCGUUCAGGCGAUUCCUCUGGAGUCCUCCUAUUUUCCGAGAGCAUUGGUCGGGUUCUACUGCACUCAUGGACUGGCUUGAAUCCCCAACUGCCCAUGUAUUCAAGUUCAACGUUCCAGGUUUUAGGAAGGAAGACAUAAAGGUGCAGAUAGAAGAAGGAAACAUUUUACAGAUAAAAGGGGAAGGUGGGAAAGAGGAGGCGAAUGCAAAAGAUACUGUUUGGCACGUGGCGGAGAGAGGGACUGCCGGAAAAACAUUAGCAGAGUUUUUUCGGGAAAUUGAGCUGCCGGAAAAUGUGAAGGUGGAUCAGAUUAAAGCUCAGGUGGAGAAUGGUGUGCUCACUAUUCUUGUCCCAAAAGAUGCGACCCCUAAACCAUCUAGAGUGCGAAAUAUCAAUAUUACUAGCAAGCUCUGAUAAGCAUAUGUAUGUCAUCCUAGAAUUCGUACCUAGAUUGCUGCUGAGAAUAUACAUAUAUAUGAAUUGUGCUGCUACUAAUGUAAUAAUCAAAUAAACAUGAAUAUCAAAUAAACAUGUAUAAGUUCCAUC